AGAACAGAGCAGAGAGGCCAUGGCAAACAACACAAACAGAAACUGAAAACAGAAAACAGAAAACAGAGAACCUUCGUUCGCCCAAGCCAUGGCCAUGGACUCGGAGCUCGAGAUCCCGGGCGACUGCGAGUACCUCGGCCCUCCAGACCUCAUCCCACCCAACGGCCCAACUCCCCGCCACACGCUCUACCUCUCGAACCUCGACGACCAGCGGUUCCUCCGCUUCUCCAUCAAGUACCUCUACGUCUUCCCCGCCUCCGGCGCCAUCCCAAUCCCCACUCUCAAGGCGGCGCUGGCGGCGGCGCUCGUGGAGUACUACCCGCUCGCCGGACGGCUGAAGCCCAGCGAGGAAGAGGAAGGGAAGCUCGUGGUGGAGUGCAAUGCGGAGGGGGCGCUCUUCGCCGAGGCCGCCCUGCCGGGAAUCGCCGCCGCCGACUUCCGCGGCGCCCGGCCGCCGCAUAAGUCCUGGAGGAAGCUGCUGUAUAGGGUCGAUUCGAAUGGCUUCGUCGAUGUGCCCCCGCUCGUCGUCCAAGUGACUCAUCUGGGGUGCGGCGGCAUGGUGCUGUGCACGGCCAUCAACCACUGCCUCUGCGACGGCAUCGGCACCGCCCACUUCCUCCACGCAUGGGCGCGCGCGGCCGCCGCCCGAGGCAUCUCCCCCGUCUCCGGCAUCGCCAUCGUCCACGACCGCCGCGCCCUCCGUCCGCGCCGCCCGCCGCUCAUCGCCUUCACCCACCCAGAGUACAGCAACGGCAAUGCCGACGCCGCCGGCAUCGCACACCUGCUCGGCGGCCAGCCUCUCUCGCCGGUCUCGCUCACCUUCACGGCAUCACACCUGGCCCACCUCAAGAACCAGCUCCUGACGUCACCGUCUUCUCCUUCUUCUCCGGCUCCGGCGCUCAAGCGGUGCACGUCGUUCGAGGCGCUGGCGGCGGCGGUGUGGCGGGCGUGGGUGCGCGCCCUGGACCCGUCGCCGUCGCCAUCGUCGCUGCCCGUCAAGCUCCUCUUCUCCGUCAACGUCCGGAACCGCCUCACCCCGGAGCUCCCCGCCGGGUUCUACGGCAACGGGUUCGUGCUCGGGUGCGCCGAGUCCACGGCCGCGCAGCUGACGGCGUCAGAUUCCAUGGCGGCCACGGUGAGGCUGGUGCAGGGGGCCAAGGACAGCGUGGACGACGCCUACGUGCGGUCCAUGGUAGACCUCCUGGAGGCGGACCGCGGCCGGAAGCCGGACCUGGCGGCGAGCCUUGUGAUCUCGGCGUGGACCAGGCUCGGGCUUGAGGAGCUCGACUUCGGCAAUGGCGCGCCGCUGCACAUGGGCCCGCUCACCAGCGAGAUAUACUGCGUCUUCGUCCCCGUCGCCGGCGACCCGCGCGGCGUCUCCGUGCUCGUCUCCGUCCCGCUGGCCGCCGCCGACCGGUUCCGCCAUUACUGCUGCCAUCCGUGCGGAGUCGAGGACGGCGGCGGCGCCAUGGCUGACAUGCUGGAGAAAGGCGAGAAGCCGCAGCAGCAGCAGCAGCAAGCGUGUCUUGGACAGGGGAUUAAGAUGGAUUGCUAGAUGGUUAUCAGUAAAUUAUGGGUGUUGGAUUUACAAAAGGCUGCAAAAUUUUGUUGUGUGCUUUGGGAAUUAACAAGACAUGCAUAUCGUUCGUUUGGAUCGGUCGAGAAAUCAAACGUGAUAAUUAAGUCGAUA